AUGCGAGAGGACGCUUUAAGCUCCCCUCCCCGCUGGCUCGGCCUCGUCUCCGGUGGCAUCGCCGGCGCGACGGGAGUCCUCGUCGGCCACGCUUUUGACACGAUGAAGGUGCAGGCACAGCUCGGAGGCGCAUCUCCAGCGGCUGCGCCGUCGACCGCGCCGCUGCCUCAGCGGAUCCUGGCGCUGUACCGAGGCAUUCUUCCGCCGCUCCUCACGACGGGCGCGGUCCGGGCCGUGUACUUUGCCAUUUUUGAGAAUGUGAAGCUCGGCCUCGGAGCUCCACCGGGCGACACCGCGCCGCUGCAGACGGUUCUUCUCGCCGCGGGCGUCACCGGAUGCUCGGUCGCGCCGCUGACACAGCCCUUCGUCGCGCUAAAGAUCUGGCAGCAGGCCAACGGGGGAACCCUCGCCGCCGCCUCUGCUGCGAUGUGGAGUCGAGGCGGUCUCUUCCGACUCCUCCCUUCGGUGUGCGACGCCUCUUGA